AUGUUUUACUCACUUAACAUCUUGAAGAAGAAAAACUCACAGUUUUAUUUAAUUUGGUAUGUUUUUAAUGUUGUAUAUGAUAUUGAUUUAGGAAAAUUGCACACAAUGCGAAGGUUACGGACCGAGAAGUCGCCACCAUGGACGUUGAACAAUAUUGGCAAGUUUUAAAUUUAUUUUAGGUAACAACAUUAUGGAUAACAUUCUUUCAUUGAUCUUGUUGGAUGGCGUGGUUAAUGUCCGUAUUUAUUAGCAAUUUUGAGUAACACUUAUAGCUAAUAAUAUGAUUUUAGUCAAGAGCUGUGUAACUACGUCCCAUCAGGAAAUGUUCGAGAUGUUGCCAAUGAAGUUAGCAACAAGAUGUCUCUAUAUCUUCUUUCUAUGUUGUUUUAUGGUAUUGUAGCGACACACAAUCAGAAGGCUGGUAUUUUGUUGAAGAAGCUGGAGCACGUUUUGGUCACUUUGAAGCCAAAGAUUUUUGUUGAAAGGAGGUUGUAAGGUUUUAUAUUGUUUUAGUUAAAAAGGAUAGUGGAGCUAGCUUAUUUUCACUUAUUCCAAGGAAUAUAUUGUUUCUUCGUUAAUGUUAAUGGGUAGUUUAGACUAAAGAAUAUGCAUUUCAGGUAACAAAAAGUGUAUACCUGUUCCUACAUUCAAAUUGAGUAAUUUUUAGGUAACAAAAAGUUUAUACAUAUUCCUAUGUUGAAAUUGAGUAAUUUUAGGUAAUAAUUUGUUUUUCUUAUAGGCAUCAAGUUGAUCUUCCUCAAAAAGAAAAGAGGCCACAAAAACGUCCUUUGAAUGCUGAUACCGAGGUUGUUCGCGAUGCUGAUAUUGAAAUGACAGAUGAGGAGUACGCUAAACGAUCCAGAAUGGUAAUGAACUAUAAUAUUGUAGUAUGUAAUUAAAUAUCUUUUUGUAGUUUACUCUCCCAGAAGACAUUAUUGAACGUCCGUUUGACAUUGAACAACUAAUGGCCGAGUAAGUUUUGGUUUCAGUUAUUGUUUUAGUUGAUUUAGCUCACUUAAUGCAAUCUAUUAUUUAAAAAGUAGUAAUUUUAUCAUUUUUGAUUUAAAAUGACGUAUUUAAAAAAUCUUUACUGUAUUAUCAAGUAUUACAGACAGGGAAUGGACGUACUGGACGUGAACAAUGAGGAGAUGAACAGAGUUUUGAAUGAUGAGUUGAUGCCAGAAGUUCAGAAUCAGAAUGAAUAUAGUUUGUUGCAAGAUCAAAUGAUUCCCGAGGUUCAAAAUCAAAAUUAUGAAGAUCUGAUGAGGAUGGAUGAAGAAUUCAGAGACUUUGACCUUAGGUAUUGUUUUGACAUUUAUAUUGUAUUAGAUAAAUUAAUUUAGACUUAUAAUUACUUACAAAUUGUUAGUGAAAUAUUUUAUGUAUAUAUUUUCAGACCACCGUCACCUAUUGAGUACGAAACAAGAUCUAUCGAUGGAAAUAUUGGCAUGGAGACUGCAAAUCAGGUAAAAUGUCAACUUUAAUAAAACAAUUUAUUGUCUAUUCAAAAAAGAUGGAUAUAUGAUUAUCUAUUUUAGCUCUCCUUGUUCGAGUUGGAUGCAGGACUAUUACAUCAGCAGGAUUCUCGUGAUGCAACACUUAGUGACGUCUUCUCUCUCUCUGGGUUGGAUCCAAUCAUUUUGCCAAGAAUUGAACCUACUCCACGAAGACGAGCUAUCCGAGCUCCAUCUGCAGCACCAUCAACUAGUCGUCGACCCAGAAGACGCAACAGAAGAUUGGUUAUUGAUGAGGAAACCGAAAUUCCGGAUGUAAGUUGUGAUGGUUAUGUUGGGAGCUGCAAAUUUUAUAUUAUGAUAGAUUUCUGAAGCCAAAAAAAAUUUUUGAGUGCUUAUAUUAGAUUUUUCUUGAUCUUGUAGUAGAAUUUCAUAAAAUUAUAAAAGUAAUAUUAUAGGAAGAUCUGGCUCAAGGUAUCACUGAUUACAGCGACAUUAUUGAAGAGCUUGCUCGGGCGCCAGAGCCCAAGAAGCCUGUUUCAGAGCUUUUGGAUAUGUUCACAAUGAUUCCGAAACGUAUGUUUAGUAGAACACUUUAAUGUUAGCAGAAUUCUGGUAUUAACAUGUUUACUAAAGUUAAAAUGUGUUUUUUCAGACAUGGAAGAAAGAUACGAACCAUUUGUAGACUACGUCAAGGAAGGCAAUAUUGCUGGCAUCUUGGACGUCUCAAUGUCAGACACUUCGUCCAUGUCUUCUGAAUAUCGCAGAGCUUCUGAACUUCGCUCGCGAGUCAGUGGAAUCCCAACGAUGGAAGAUCCGAUCCCGAAGCCUGACUUGAGCAUUCAGUUGGACCCUCUGAAUGACAGAACCUUGAUGCCACCUCCAGAUAGUUUCUUGGAGAACAUCCCACAACCUUAUCAGCUACCAGAAGAACCAAUGCUUAACUAUCCUCCAGAAGGACCUUUGAAUAGCACUGAGGUACCAUUCCAGGACUUGUCUAUUCUUCAGCACGACGACAGUGUUCAACAACGUCGCCGAUCAUCGAGAGCUUCUUCUAUGAUUCCAGGAAGGCCGAGUAACAUUCCCGAGCCUGAUUUGAUUCCAGAAGAGGAAGAACAACAAGUUGGACUAAAGGAGUAUUUGGAGGAUCAGCGACGUCAGCUGUCGCUGGAGAAUGAUGUUGUUGCUCAAGGGAACCUUUUAGAGUAGGUUUUUGGAUUUGAAGUUUAAAUUAUUUGUUCUAAAUUCAGGCUACUUCUAUUCCUUAUGUUUACGUUAUUUUUAUCGUAUUUUACAGAAGAGUUCUCGAAAAGAUUGAGGAAGAUGUUAUUGCACAUUUGGAUGAUGUUUACAGCGACCCAGAUUCUCCCAAAGCAAAGGCCAAGGACUUUUACAAUUUGCUGUGUAAGUCUAGUUUUUUUUAUACAAAUAAUUUUAAAAAAUCAAGAGUGAACCUAUUUUUAAUGUUUUUCAAAAUUUGAUAGUACUAAAGACAUUUUUUUGAUCAUUAUAUAGCAUUUUGUUGUAUAGCUUUGAUAAUAAAUUACAAUUUUUGUUGUUUUAGGCUUGCUAAAGGAGGGAAAACUGAAAGAAAGACAAGACGAGCCGUAUGGUCGAAUUCGACUGUUUAUCUAA